AUGCAUUUUGUCGAGGAAGUCGUGCGACACAAGCCAGCCGCCCACACAGCAUCGACACCCAGCUCGGCAGCAAGAGCAUCGAAUAAACGAAAACGAGUCAACUACAACAUUGCCGCUUUGCAGAACGCUAUCGAACAGCAGAACUUCGAUCAAGAGGGAGACGAGGAGAACGAAGAAUCAGAACGCCACAAUGCCAUCGAACUCAAGAAAGCCAACCGACGCUUUGAAGAGCUCGACAGAGAGAACUUCAGCGAAAUCCACAAGAUGGAAAUACCAAAGAACCUCGGACCACCAGCUGGAAAACGCACCUCUACACCGUCGGUGGCAGUUAAGAGGAUACUCAACUCGAAGAAGAACUGGUCAAACUACGUGGACGAGCUGGAUAAGGCCGAGAUGCGCGCAUUCAACGUGCACGAGUUUGCUCCUUGA